AUGGCCACGCCGCGCGCCCCGCGGUGGCCGCCACCGUCGCUGCUGCUACCGCUGCUCUUGCUGCUGCUGCCACCCGCCGCCCCCGGGGCGCGGGGCCCCAUUCCCUCUCCGGCCCACCGUACACUCCUCCCGGCCGCGGAGCUUCUUUCGCCUCCUGGCGCCGGACACGCGGCCCCCGGGCCGGGCGUCGCGACCCGGCGAGGACGUUCCGGCCGUGUCCCCAGAGGCGUGAGCGCGGCCGCUGCAAGGAACCAUUGGCCAGAAAGUAACAACACCGAACCCCACAUAGGAUAUACCCGCUUUUAUCAGAGUCAAGAGGACCAUUCAGGUUCCAGAAAGGAAGUGAUAGCUCACACUGCCAGAAUGAGCCACAGUUCCUCAGAAACCUCAGAAAACCCCUCUCUCCUCCCUGAGACAAGCGCUGACUGGAGAAACAUGUCUUCUGCACAUGUCAGAGCUCUGCACCGAGAGCCCUCACCUGAGAUCACCACAGCAUGGACCGCCCACAGCAGCUUGUCAUCCUUGGAGAGCCUUCCCCAGCCACCCAGCAGUUCCAAGUCACAAAGAAGAAUCACGUCUUCUCAAACAGAGAGUGAAACAUCCCCAGGCUUUCUGGAGAAGACAAGGGAGCUCCCAGAAGAAGGGACUGUGCACACGCAAGUGGCUGGCACCUGGGUUUCCCGCCAAGCCUCCCUUCCUGCUCUGGAACCCGGGGAGCCAACUGUGCUCUCCCAGAAGAGAAAUUCAUCUGACCAGGAGGACUCCGGGCCACCAUUCUCCUGGACCCGGAGUCUCCCUCCUCCCUCAGACCACCCCUCAUCUUCUGCAAGGAUAAAGAAUGGUGACAACUUCACUGCUCUCCCAAACCCAUCAGUCACUCAUACAAAGAGCAUGCUUGUCACGGACACGUUCACUAAUGGCGUCCCAAGAACGCUGCGGUCUCUGCCUGUCGGUGUGGAACCUGCAGAUGAGACAGAGAGUCUCCCUGCGCACUCCAGACUAGCUAUAACUUCAAUGUCAGUCCACUCUUCACCCUCUGUGAAGGACUCAAGGACAAACAGCGGACUAACUGAGCAUCUGGGAGAUGGGGAAGGCACUGAACUGUCUACAGAAAAUGGAUAUGGACUUCCAUCUAUACACUGGCAAAGUGAUGCCCCCCCCUUCGGAGGGCAUCAGCUUGCCAGCAGCUCUGAAGCAGGAGAUGGAAGUGCCAUGCCUCUGACUGAGACUGGGUUUAGGUCAGACCCCUCCAUCGAUGGUGGAGAGAGCACAGGACGAUGGUUUCCUGCCAAGAAUAAAACAUCUACAGUUGCAGCAGAAAGCUCAGCUUUGCAUCCAGAAGCUGGGGCCACUUGGGGUUUGACUCAGUCCUCACACACUGCACAACAGCCCCGAGGUGGUGACUCGGGGAUGGGUGGGAGGAGUUACACAGAGUCUUCAUCUUCUUCAUCAACAUCUUCUUCCGAAAGUCUGGAUUCCUCAGCACCUCACAGAGAGCAUUCAACUCCGGAAGAUGGUGCAGUGCUGAGUGGCAGCUCAGAUCUGGCGGACAGCACUUCCGUGGCGCGCGCACCUCACACAUCUGCAAUGUUCACCCGGAGUGGGGAACGCACGCUGCGGUCCCUUGACCUCUCCCAUACAGCGACCCGACCUGCGCGCCCCACUUCACACGGGAACGGGAACGUGACAGAGCAUGCUGGCCUGCUGUCCCGGGCACCAACCCUCGGAGUCACCGGACUUAGCUACACUCAAGAGCAUGGCUCAGAUGCUAGACAAAGGACUUCCAGCGACCACACAGACCACGCCUAUGUUCCAUCUACUUUCACCAAAGGAGAACGGACGCUACUGUCCAUUACAGAUAACACUUCCUACUCGGAGGCUGGUGAGAGGUCAACCUCUUCCAUUAAGAUCUCAGACUCUCUACACUCAGACUCUCCUUCUCAGGCUCAGCCUAAACAAAGUAGCACACCCGCCUACGAUGGCCACCCUGCUCAGUCUUCCACUGAGUCACCGGUUCUGCAUACGUCCAACCUCCCAACCUACACAUCCACGGUUAAUAUGCCAAACACCUUGGUUCUUGAUACCAGUACCAAACCUGUUGAGAACCCACCUGAUUCAGGGGUGCCUUCAGCUCCGCCCUCACCGUCACAACCCCAGCCGGUCUCAUCAGCCGUGCCAUCAACCGGGUCUCCAAUACAGCAGCUGAAGUCUACCUCUGAGACAGCCACAUCCUCAUCGUCCCCUUCGCCCGUCGCCUUAAUGGUGUCCACUCUCACCCCAUAUUCUGUCCCACAAACAACCUUCCCACAUCUGUCUCCUACCCUAGUCCCUCACAGGGCAAGGGAGCCACGUGUGACUUCAGUCCAAAUGUCAACAACGGUAUCUGCUGUAGCAUUGGUCCCCAGCAACCAAACAGCAGACCCCAAGAACCAGAGCACCCCGCAGCAAGAGGAACCCAUCACAGAAGCUAAGUCACCAAGCUUGGUGUCUCUGCCCACAGACUCUACCAAAGCAGUAACAGUGAGCCUUCCUCCAGGGGCCCCUUGGUCCCCAGCCUUAAUAGGGGUCUCCAUAGAGCCAGCCCUUCCAUCCACAAGCACCAGCUUAGCCCAGAUGUCUCCAGCUUUGACAUCUGCCAUGCCCCAGACUACUAACUCUCCUGUGACCAGCUCCAGCACCCUGUCACCUGUAGAACCUUUGACCCCAGAUACUGUUGUACACACUACCCCAGAGAAACAACACCUCCCAACCAAUCCUGAAAUUCUAGUGCCACAAAUCUCAACUGAAGGGGCCGUCACCACAGAAGGGAACAGGGAGCACAUAGAGCCUACCACUCUCCCUCUGACCACUUCAAUCACGCCAGCAGAAGAAAUGGCCACAGAGCUUGGCCAUGUGGAAGAGUCCAGCCCGGCUUCACAUUUUCUUAGACCAUCUUCACCUCAAACCACAGAAGUUUCUACAUCUGAAAUGUUGACUUCCAGAUAUACCACUUUUGCUGCCCAGAGCACCCCACAGUCACCAACAGCACUGUCACCUCUAACCCCAGGCAACAGCUGUGCCGCGAACCCUUGUCUUCAUGAUGGUGAAUGCAUUGUGGACCUCACCGGUCAUGGGUAUCGAUGCGUGUGCCCACGUGCCUGGCAAGGGGACAACUGCAGUGUGGAUGUGAACGAAUGUCUCUCCAGCCCCUGCCCUCCCCUAGCUGUGUGCAACAAUACUCAGGGAUCUUUCACCUGCAGAUGCCCCAUCGGGUAUCAGUUGGAGAAAGGAAUAUGCAAUCUGGUUAGAACCUUCGUGACCGAGUUUAAGUUAAAGAAGACUUUUCUCAAUACUACUGUGGAAAACCAUUCCGACACUGAUGAGCUUGAGAACGAGAUCGCUCAAACAUUAAACGUGUGUUUUUCAACAUUGCCUGGUUAUAUCCGAACUACAGUCCGUGUAUCUAGAGAGCCCAGUACAGUGGUCAUCUCACUGCAAACCACCUUCAUCCUGGCCUCCAAUGUGAUGCUGUUUGACCUGGCUGACAGAAUCCAGAAAUAUGUCAACUCCUGCAGGUCCUCUGCUGAAGUCUGCCACCUCUUGGGGUCUCAGAGGCGGGUCUUUCGAGCGGGCAGCUUGUGUAAGCGGAAGAGUCCAGAAUGUGACAAAGAGACCUCCAUCUGCACCGACCUGGAUGGCGUCGCGCUGUGUCAGUGCAAGUCUGGCUACUUUCAGUUCAACAAGAUGGAUCACUCUUGCCGAGCAUGUGAAGAUGGAUACAGGCUUGAAAAUGAAACCUGCAUGAGUUGCCCCUUCGGCCUCGGUGGUCUCAACUGUGGAAACCCCUAUCAGCUCAUCACUGUGGUGAUCGCAGCAGCAGGAGGUGGCCUUCUGCUCAUCCUGGGCAUCGCACUCAUUGUUACCUGUUGCAGAAAGAGUAAAAAUGACAUAAGUAAGCUCAUCUUCAAAAGUGGGGACUUCCAAAUGUCCCCAUACGCCGAGUACCCCAAGAAUCCUCGCUCACAAGAGUGGGGCCGAGAAGCCAUUGAGAUGCAUGAGAACGGAAGCACCAAAAACCUCCUGCAGAUGACAGACGUGUACUACUCGCCCACAAAUGUAAGGAACCCUGAACUUGAACGCAACGGACUGUACCCAGCCUACACUGGAUUGCCCGGAUCGAGGCACUCUUGCAUUUUCCCAGGACAGUAUAACCCAUCUUUCAUCAGCGACGAGAGCAGGAGGAGAGACUACUUCUGAGUCCAGGAGACAGAGGCGCCCCACUUCUCUGAGCCGUUUCCCCAGACAUCUGGCUCAGAGGACUACACCUGAAGGGAGCACCAUGCACUAGCUGCUCCUGGGACUCGUCAGAGCCGUGUCUGAGGGGUGUGACCACAGUGGAAGGGACAGACGGACGCGGGACUGCAGACCACCCAUUCAGCACUGUUGCUGCUGUGAACAUGGUCAUGGGCCAGUUCCGAGUCCCUGAGUGCCUGGCAUGUAGGACUGAAUGUCUUCCACAGCAGAGCAUGAGGUUUCAUUUCCAGGACCCAGUCUCCCCUUAAUUUGCACUUUAAUAGAUUGGGCAGGGAGGCUUCAUUUUGGACACAUUUCCAGACUAUUCCAGAAAGCCUUUCUUUCCUAGGAUACUUCCACAGGCCUCAGUUUGGUGACUGGUUGGCAGCCAGGUGCUGGCACUUCUGUUUUCCUGCCUGGUGCCUCGUGCUAAACAACAGAGGGAGGUAACUGUACCACUGUGAUGAGGCUGCCUAGCGGUGCUGCAGUCAGGCACUUAGUGUUUUAAGGUUUGUCUGUGCUCACUCCCAAGCCAAUGCCACAAAUGAGCUGGUGACAUUCACAAGGCUUAGCACAAAACGGUUUUUAAGUCAAGGUGACACAUUUGCUUACAAUGUAUUAGUUUUACUUUCCCGAGCAAGUAUGAGUCAGGGCAAGACAACAGUCCUUUGACUUUCAUUAGAAGCAUCCAGGUGCCCUUAGUAUGUCCCAGCAGGCAAUAUCAGGCAGGUCCUACAUGUGGUGGGGUUAUUUUUUGACCCAUGAGGGAAUUGCAUGGGGCCUGGGGCUCUGACCAUCAACGUGGAGCCAGAGUCUGCAGGGUGUAGUAGAAGGAGGAGAGGCAGUUACAAGUGUGUCUGAGCUAGUCUCACCUCCGGAGGGAAAGAAGUCUGCUGUAGGCCCCACAGCAGAAUGUGGCAGAGGAAUGAACCGAAUAACCUGACACAUCCCCCGAACCCCAGUGCAGAAGCUGGGGGCUCUCCCAGGAAGCCACCAGUAAGGGUGUAUACCUGCCAGUCUUUGAACCCAUAAUGUUGUCCACAAACUCAAUGGAAACUUUUAACCACUAAAGCUAUUUAUUCACUGAAAAGAGAAUGAACUUUUUUUUCUCUCACCCAGUCAUUGAUACAUCUGUGUUCUCGUGCAGUGUCCCCUCAAGACUCCACUAUGGCCUGAGUAAGCUUUGAGGAACUAAAACCUGGCCAGCUAAGAGUCUGAGAGCUUGUUUGGGGGAAAAGGAAGUUCUAUGUUUUGUUUAUUGUAUUGUGAUAUCCUGGGGGGAGGGAGAGGGCUGUGUGGUGUUUGGUCCCCUGUGGAACUAUCAGCUUGUGGGAUGUCCUGGUUUUGGAUGAGGUGAAGAGGUCAAAGCAUUAUCCCCACCCUGAAGCUGGGGACUCUGCAGCAUAUAUUUCUGGAAAUGGGACAGCUGUUGGAAAUUGUUCUGUAUGUGUUUCUUUGGAGUUCUCUGGUUCCUCCGAAAUUUAUGAAGGUCCCCAUCCUCUUAAGUGUGCACUGCGUCCCAUGGUCUGGUGACAUGUGUCACCACUGAACUGUCACCACUCACUCUCACCCCCUACAGCAGUCGGGUACAGAGGAUUUUAACCAUGUUAUAUUCAUUAGUACAGAGAGGAUUCUGCUGUUCUUGGUUGAUGCUGACUUAAAGUUGUAAAGCACUGCCAUCUAGAAGCUGUGGGUCUUGUUUGUGUCUAUGUGUGGAACCAGUGGCUCCUUGUGUCAUUGUGAACCCUGUGCUCCGCUUGCCUGAGCCCAGAUCCCUUGCCAGGUAGCCAGGUUCUAGCCCUUCCAGCAGUAUUCCUGCUUGUCCCAAGCCUCAUUGCUGUGGGAAGUGCCAGUGUGGUGGUGUUCCCAGACACACUUCUAAUGCUUUCAGCUGUCAGCAUAGCUGGUGAGCACCUGUGUAAGGGCAGACUCCCAGCUGGUGAGCACCUAUACAGGGCCUCAAGCCUCACAGAAUGAAGUGCUCUGUUCCUGGGAAGAAUUCAUCCAGAAAAGUGUCCUGUGAGUUCCCAAACAUGUUUGCUGACUCAUGAGUUUGGCCCAAAUAGAGCAGAGUGAAAGUGUUUUUGUUUUGUUCUUUUUUUUUCCUGUGAAAAACACAAGGAUAGCCCCAAACAAGGGUGCAUUCACACUGGAUCUACCGUUUGUGGGUGGGGGAGGAGCUUGCGAUAGAAAGGCUCUCCUACUCGGGGUUACAACCAGAAGGAAUCCAGAGAGGACACCAGCAACCCAUGAGCUGGACAAACAGGAUGAGCCCAUGGUUGGACAUGCAGAGUCUUUGCUGGACAAAAGUGCUCAGAGUCGUCCCCACACCUAGAAUGGAUAAUUCCUGCGAAUAGACGUGUCGCCGUCUUGAAUUAGGGUUUCAUGAUAAGGGAAGUGGGCAGAAAGGAAAAGCCACACUGCCUAGGAGAUGUUUGUAUGGGGAAGAUCCAGGUCAGGUAGAAUUUGUCUAUCCUGAGACAUUUGAGAACAGAGCUAAGAAAGGGGGUCUUCCUGGAUCCAGCCUGAGCUCUGUAUAAAUUCCAAGGGUUUUUUUGUUGUUGUUUGUUGUUUGUUUUUCUUUUUUCGCUUCAUGAGCCGGCUCAUGACACUGGGGCCUAUUUCUUAGGAGGAUAAAUGUUCUCACCAUGGGCCAGGCUCCAUGCAAGCUAUCUGGCCUUACAGUGUGUUAGCCAAUAAUGCGCACGCGUUUAGGCAAGAGGCAUGGGAAUGUAGCUUCGAUGGCAGAGUGCUUGCCUAGCCCUGGGUUUUAUCCUCAAGAACCACAGAAACAGGGCGUAGUGGUACACUCUUGUAAUCUCAGCCCUCAGAAGGUUGAGGCAGGAAGAUCAGGAGUUGAAGGCCUUUCUGGAGAACAGGACACCCUGUCUUAAAAGGAAAAUAUUGGCUGGUUUGUGGUUAGCAAGAGGCUUAGUCCCUCAGAAGUGAAAGGAUGUGGUCUAGGUAGGUUUUUGACAAUCACAACAAGGCUGAGGCACCCAUGAGAGGGCUGCCUGUCUUAUUCUUAGAGUGAGGCCGUAAUUCCCACGUAGUAGAAGUGUGAACCUGUGUGGGAUGGGGACAGAGUUGAGUGUCUGAGGUACCGAAUGAUCUUCCUAAUUGGGGAGGUUGCUUUUAGAAGCAUCUAAGCCAUGUUGAACCAGAACUACUGUAUGCUGCCUGGUGGUAUUUGAGGUCAAAGACUAAGAGUUGACUAUUAGACUAUUAUGGUCUAAAAGAGGAAGUCGUAAAAGUUGGCCCAUAGGAGAGAGCAGCGUUGUUGGAAAAAGACGGGAGUAAAGUCUCCCAAGAUGCUGUCUAUUCAAUUGUGAAGUUCCAGAGUGGGCACACUAGCAUCACCCCUGGCACGUGGCUUUUGGGUGCCUCCUAAAGCCACUUUGCCCAGUAGUGACGUGCACAGGUCUCUAGAACUAUGGAGCUUUGCCUAAAGCAAUAAAACUGCACAGCUAAGUUGCCCUUGGCUUAGUGUUUCAUAAGCCACUCAAAACCAGGGCCUUUACCCACAUUUCUAAAUUUAUAUUUUGCUUUUGAGACCAAAGCACUUCUUUGGGAAGAAGGACAACACAAAGUUUUGUAUUUUGGUUUCUUAUUUAAAAUACUCCAUCACAGCAGAUAGACAGGUUUACCUACCUGACAGCUUUUUUCCUCUUCUGCUUCUUUGAGAGGGUAGAGUCAGGAAUGGACCCCAGGGCCUCGCACAUACCAGACGAGGGCCGUCCUGUAGAGCUGCACACCCCAGCCGUCUCAUUUCUCCUUGACAUUGUCAUUCCCAGGUUCUCACCAGCAUGUUUGGAUACGGAAAUGGUUCUGUAGUUUGGUGUUCUUUCUUUUCUUUUCUCAAAUCCCCAGAGGGGAAAACACAGUAGGCACAUUGAAGUUAAAAUAAUAACUUUAAACUUUUUUUAAAAAAAUAGCUGGUUAACAUAAUAGGAGCAUUAAAGCAUUACAUGCCAAUCAGUUCAUUGUACUUCAGAGUCUCCACAAGGUCACACCCCCUUUAUAGCUGAUGGAAACUUUAGCCUGCACAAUAGCCUGUAAAACCAAAGGAGGCAGGUCCGACCUGUCCGUCACAUGGGCAUCUUCAAAGAGAACAUUUCCAGUGGGGCCACCUGGUAGAUUCUGCUAUAAUUUUAAAUGAUGGGCUCAAUGUCCUUGUCCCAAAUUGUUGAGGACAGGGUAAAAAUAGUGGUGGGUUGGAGGCAGUUUGUCAGGAGAACUGAACCAACUUCCUUAACUUUGGGCAUUACCUAGGCCUACUCUACAGAGAAACAGAUGGUUCACCAUGAGUCGCUGUGAAUUUUGGUCACGUAUGUGUGUUGUUGGUGUACAGUUAAACGGAGAUGAGGCUACAGUACGAACUCCGUUCCGUUUGUCCUGGAUUUUGUUCUAUACACCUUUAAUGCUGACACCCUGGUUGACUGUGUGAGACUCAUCAUGAGAAUGUUAUUUAAAGUUGUAUUAUAAUGUCACCUCCACUAAUUAUUCAGUACUGUAGUAGCAAUGUAUUAUUUGUAAGAAUUUGGUUAUUUUUAUACUUAUAUCCACUCUAAGUCUGGCGUUCUAGUCAGCAAACAAUGAUGCAAUAAAAUUAGUAAGAUUCCCAUUGGUUUUCUCUUAAAACAAGCAAA